CUAUUUUGUAAAGCUAUAUAUCGUGAUACAAGUAGCAGACCUAUCAUAAGUUUCAACUGAUUUUUAUUCCUCUGUGUACAAUUCAAAAACGAAUUUACAUGUUAGUUAUUAACGUUGUAGUAUCAAUCUGUUUUUAAUUUAAAAAUGUUUACUAAUCGCUCGCUCGAGGCUGUGAGUUUCAAUUCACAAUUGUCAACCACAAAAUCACAACAAUCAUCCAAUGUUCAGACAACAGAAAUUUGUUAUGAGGAAAAUUCUAUGCAAACAGUUGAAACAAAAAGCGUUGAGACUCAAACUAUUAUUGAAGAGAAGAAAAAGCCAGAAGUGAAUUAUGAAAGAUUGGCUCAGUUUUUGAAUAAAGUCACACCAAGCAUAUUAGAGGCUUUAGAUGAAUCCUAUGGGACCACUGCAUUUGAAGAUUAUGAUCCAAAUACAGAUGAAGAUGUCCUUACAACCACACAGCUUGUGCAAAAAAUUAGCAAUGCAAAUGAUGUGGAUUCUGAGAUGAAAGUAAGUGACAUGAGUUGGAGUAUUGGAGGAGGAACAUUAGCUGUAUCAUAUGGGGUACCUUAUCAUGAAACAUGGUGUGACCAUUUAUCUAAAAUACAGCUGUAUGAUCAAUCUAAGGAAGAUGGUUUCACAAACAAUCUAAACAAAACAUUAGAGACAAAUGCAUGUGUCACAACAUUAGUGUAUCAUCCAACAGAACCAUCUAUCAUAGCAGCUGGAUUGUUUAAUGGUGAUGUUCUUGUUUGGAACCUAAGAGUAUCAUCAACCCCAUUAACAUUAUGUACACAUGGUGAUCCUGUGUCACAGAUAUAUUGGAAAACAAGAGCUAUAAAUGAUGUGGCAUUUUUAGUAAGUUCAAGCAAAGAUGGAUACAUCUUUAUUCAUAAAAUGUCAACUAACACUAUGUACAGACGAUUAAAAAUAGCUAAAGAACAUAAUCCAGUGGAGAACUCAAGACCGCGUAGCGCAGGUGGAAUACGCGAACGUGCUUUGGAAUCUGGAUUAUGUAUCACCACCUUCGAUUUUUCAUCCAGAGAUCCUAUAUUCUUUGUUGUGGGAACUUUGUGUGGUGGAAUAUAUAAGUGUAGUUUGGAUCGUACUGUUCCUAUCGAAGGAGAUCAUACUCUUAUGGAUCCUGUUAUAGACAAGUACGACAAGCACGAAGGCAGUGUCACAUGUAUCAAAUGUUCCCCAGUUCGUAAUCUGUUUGUCACCGCUGCCACCGACAAAGAAAUGCGUAUAUAUGAUUUCGAUGAGCACGCAUGUCUACGAUCGAUUUCUUGCGAGAAUACAAUCGUUGGAUUAACUUGGUUAAUGGGAAAUAGUGAUGUAUUGGCGGCCUAUGGGGCCAGUUCGAACGUUAGUUUGUACAACAUUACAAAUGGGAAGCCUGUAACAAAUGUGAAAUUCGAACCAACUGACAGGGAGAAUGUUAGCUGUUUGCGUGUAAAUUGUAAAAAGGACAUGGCAGCCAUCGGUGACACUCAUGGCAACAUAGAAAUCUGGAAGAUCCCACGUCAGUUACUUUAAAAAUAUUUAUAUAUUUAUUACCUGCAUUGAAAUAGCUUUCUUUUUCGUAAGUUGAAUCUCUAUUGUAAAAAUAUUCCUUUUUUAUUGCACUUGAUAUAAAAUAUAUGAAUUUUUGUAUAACAAGUGUGUCUAUUUUUAAUGCGUAACAUUCUACUUACUUUAAAUAUAGCUUUAAAAGUUAAAUUUAGAGCAUAAUGUUUAUAUCACAUCAAACAUUUCUCACGGGUGAUUUAAAUGUCUAUAUAUACAAAGUAGACGCUUUCGCUGUUAAAAAUAGCGUAACAUGUUAUUAGGUAAAGACACGACACAAGCAGUAUUUGUAAUUUUCUUACAAAUCGGCGUACGGCCAAGAGGUCUAUACUUAGAAUCACCAAUAAUAGAAAAUGAAAGUGAAUUGAACAAUAAAAUACAAAUUCUUUUGCCCACGUCAUGGGAUUGAGCCAAGCAAGUAUGUGCUUACUAAAAAGGAACGUUGAAACUUGUGCUGUAUUACUAAAUAUGUAUUUAUUAAUAAUAUCACAUACAAAAAUAUUGAUUUUCAAUGUAAUAAACAAUUAACAAUUAUGCUCCUUCCUAGAAGGUACAAAUACAUUUCUUCCUAGUUUUCAGGCACAUUCAUGUUACCUUACUCAUAUUUUUCUUCAACGUCACAAUUUACGCGUUAAUAUGAAACAUAAAAACAUGAUCAAGGCUUAUAUGUACAAGGUAAAAGUUAUCAGUACUCUUCUUUUGACGGCGCAAGAAAUAAUAAAAAAUUCAAUGCAUUGCAAUUGCUGUUUCAGUAUCUGGAUUCGGGUAGGUCAUUUAUUUUACACAGUAAAUCAACGACAGAAAACCCAGCAGCGUUCAAGCAAGAACAAACCAGACAAGAAAAGAUAUUUCCGCUCAGUUGGUUGAAUACAAAUGAGUACUCCCUUCCACUGCAUCUGGAGUAGGCGUAUUUUAUUUCACCGUAUACGAAGUCAACUGUCCUCCAUUACAUCCCCACCAAUUCGUGAUGAAACCUUGCUCAAAAGCAAUGACUUGACUAAACUUUUCGUAUACAUAGUGUCCCACUUUAUUUUCAUGCUGAAAUAACAGUGACCUUCAAAUGGUAUGUACAAUGAUAUUAGGGCCAAAUCUAUCGCCACUACGACCUGAAACCAAAUGAAUUCUCAUUAAUUACUUUCUCUACUUUUAGUAGUGAUCCACGUAAGCCAUUCUACGAAAUUGAUUUUUAAUGAAUCAUGUGGAAACUUUCAAUUGAUAAUUCUCGUCUACGCAAUUCGUGCCGUAUCAUUUCCUUACUUCAUAUCAUCCAAGAUAACAUGUACAGCGGAACUUUAAUAACAGAUAAGUGGAUUGAAACUAGAAAAAUUCAUAGAAGCUGAAAGAAAUAAUGUACAUAACUUGGAAUUGUAGAACUCACUUUUCUAGUGAAACGUGACACAUGCUUCCUGAAUAUUCUGCAGUGGAUUUCCCUCACAAAUAUGCUGAAAUCACGAUGAACAACACGUACGGAUUAAUUUGCGUUAUUUACAUACGUAAUUUACAGUUCCUCUACACUAUAAAUCCUGAAUGACGUAUAUUGUGCAUCUAUAAUAUUAGAGAAAGAAAAAACUAACAGAAACAAAAGUUACUUUGAAGCUAUCAUACUAGUUAAAAAAUUGGUCCUAACUUAAUAUCUUCAGUCUAAGAAAUUUACAAAGCUACUUUUACUUAAUACUUGUAGGUCUAGCAAGGCAAUAAUAUUCCAAAAAUAUAUUGACAUAAAUAAAUAAGGAUAAAGAAAUAAAAAAUGGUCUCUUUUAAAGUAUCUACUUGUCAAGACCAAACAUUAAAAUAUCACAAUAAAAUAUUAGGAAGGAUAUUUCAAGGUUCAGGUACAAUAUUAAAGCUUUAUUUGAAAAUUCUUCCAGGAAAUGUUCCUCUGGCGUUGACUUUGUCCUUAUGAAAGACGAACUCUUCAAGCAUCUUCAUCCUUUGAAGUAUCCUCGACAUCCGGCCUAGAACGGCCAGAGCCAGCUGUUCGUCCUGAAAAGGACGGUUUCGAAUUCUUGUCUUGAAAAAGACAGUCUGAGAUCGUUUGUCCUGAAAAGGACAGAUUUUGUAGUUGACCUUCCGAGAAAUUGUUACUCCAUAGAUGAAGCAUUUGCGGGCCCUGGGAAGGGCCCUAAAGAAAUAAAAGUGAUAGUAAAGAGAAAAAUGUGUGGACGGGAUAUGCGUGGUGUGUUUAGACGUUUCAUAAGGCCGGAACGGGACUAAAGAUCAUGUGGAGAAUAAAUGUAGCUAGUUUCUUCUAAUUGGUGUCAAGGAACAGAGAGAAAUUAUGAAAAAGGUGGAUGGAAAAAACAGAAGGAUGUAUCAUAGUAGGUAAGGUUAGAAAUUUUUUCCUCGUUGCUACGUGUUCUCGUCCGUAUUUUAGUCGAAAAACGGCUCCACUCAUUUUUUUUGGAUAAACAUCAAAGAAACUUCAAUGCGUUGUAUGCGGUGUGCAUGUAUGUAUGCGAAUAUAUGUUUUUCUUUCGAAUGUGACACACGGUGACUCUGUUGAAAAUUUUCAGUCGUCACCCCGCAGCUUUCACUUCGUUUCGUGCUGUAUCUUUCUCCACGAUCUCUCUCGAAGGUUCUCGUACGUCUACGUGUCAGUACUAAUGCUCUGAGUAGAGAAUAUGCGCGUCCAGUGUUCGUUCGGUUGAAUUUCGCACACGUGACUCACAUAAACGCGUUAUUUAUUUGCUUUUAACGUUAAACGAGUUCAAAUGAAACCCCUCUCUCUCUCUCUGCGCUCCUUCUGCUGCUUUUCGCGUACGCACGCGCGAAUAUCGUGUAGCGUGAUGCGCAUGUGCGCUUGUAAUUGCGCCGUACCGAAAAUACUCUUCUCAUUGGUAAAUCGUGACGUGUCUCAACGAUUUCUCCUCUUUUUAACUUUCUAAAAAUCAUCCUCGCACCAAAUCCUUAUCUACAGACGGAAGAGGAACCAAGAAAUUAUUCCUUCGACUCAUCUCUCAGCUUUCUUGGCAAUUUAUUGCACACCUAACUCUCUUCUUACCACGUCUCCUUUCCACUUCUCUCGAUACACCAUUGUCGUCGCUAUUUAUCACUCUUCCCUCGCGGAGCUUUUCUUCAGUCUUCAAUCAUGCUCUCUUUCUCUCGUUCGUACACAUACAUUCUCGGCUGAUUUUUAUACACUGAUUUUUUUGGCGCUUUUUGAUCUCAAAAAGACAUUUUUUUCUGCUGGUUUUUUAGAAAUCCGCUCGCAUUCGUUCCGAACUCUCUUAGAUUCCAUUUUAUUCUUGCGUUUUCCAUCAACGACGACCUUGAAAGACAUAUUCUCCUUCUUGUUCUCGUAAUAAAUUCUUUCUCUCGGUGCCCUAUUUUUUUCAUUCCCUUUCGUUUACCUCUGUAUCCAUCUUCUUCGCACUUUCUAACCUCCUCUUCUUCUUCUGCUAAUACAAACACGCGUCCACUCGUUUGAAAACGCGUGCGCAUACUAGAAUAACAGUACCAAAAUUACGAUAUAAACGAUUACGCUUUAGGUACGACUUGCAUAUCUCUCUUUCUUUAUAUAUUGUUUUAUUUACUGGCUCUCUUUCACGUUCCCUCGCUUCUCCGGAGGAUCACGAUCAUUCGAAUCAUCGUCGUUCGCUCGUUAAAAUCGCUGCGCUGUAUAGCCGUUGCCCUCGUAAUGGAAACUUCGACGUUUCCUCUUCGAGAUAAGAGAAAAAAACGGCAAAAAAUAAUUGUUCCUCUCUAUCAAGCCUCUCCUAGCGAACGAUCACACGUGCGUACACGUAUUAUCGACAAAUUUUGAGUCUUUCCUUCCGUUUCCUUUUAUCUUUCCUUGGUUCUCGUUUUAUUCCUUUCACGUCGGGACACGCAAACACGAGACGAUUGUUUUGCCAAGAAAACAACGGGAUGCGCGUCGAAAGGUGGCCCAAUCGAUGAUUCGUUUCCCCCGUCGAUCGCGCGCGCCAUCUUUGAAUCUUCCCGUCAUUCUCUUGUCUCUCGUUCAUUGGUCCUCCUUUUUUCCGUGGAAAAAAAUCUGACAGGAGUUGCGUCCAGUCGAGAUCCUCUCUCUCUCUCUCCAACCCUCAGUAAAAAUGAUGAUUAUGCGUGAUUUAUGACCGGAAUGUAUUUAUAUCGAUGCUUCCUCGGUAUAAUACGUGUGUAGAAGUAACGGAAGUGACCAAGUUACUCGAACUUUCGGAAUGAUAAAGGAAUCUCUCUCGUUGUUGCGCGUAACCGACGGUAUCCUUCGACUUCUUCCUCUUCUUUGUUUGCCACCCUUCUUUCGUUCUCUCGACAAUCCUGAGGCCGCAAAAAGACCCACACUUCGAUGUGGAUCCAUAUUUAAAAACGUCAACUCGAAACGUACGGCUGAAAUAUACGCAGCGGCAGCCAUAUUUAUAUAUCCGAAAAAUGAACUCUUCUUCCGCUUCUUCUUCGUCGCUUUUUCAACAUAACAAAAUAUUCUCUGUCGCCCGCUUCCUACAUGUCUCGCACGAUCCGAAAUUUCGUUUCAUAUGUACAAUUGUUUUAACUCUUUUUAGAUCGUUUAUCGCCAAUCGAUCCUCCUCCAUCUUUGCUACGCGAAACGGGCACCCUUUUUUAGUACAAUAUAUAAUACAUUAUAUUUUCUUAUGCGCGAGCUCGAGUCGAACCUUAAACGUACUUCUGUGUGUAUGUGUGUGAGUGUGUGUGUCUUUACGUACAAUAAUAGAUAUACAUUAAAUAACUCUAUUCUUAUGUACCCUAAAACUUGACAGUAAAUUGCAUCGUGUCCGCGACGGAGUUAUCAGACUGACACGAACGGGGAAAAAAAUCAUUAUCAUAGUUCCUCGGUUCUCAUCACGGUUAUCGAGACGGUCAUUCGUCUCGUCUUAUCUUCGUAAACUCUUUUCCCUCGUACCUUCUUCAGCGUUUAUAUCGCCGUCAUCACAGAGAUCGCGACUCGGUGUAUCCUUAAUUGUAUCUAAACGAUUUACUGUCUACGAUAAACUCGUCGCUUCUCUACAUUUCGUUGGGAACGCGACAGAACAAAAGUUCUGACCUUCAUCUGUUUUUUUUGUUUUUUAUUUAACCUUGUGUCAGUGACGGGCAGAUACCCACCAAAGAGCUCACCAUCUUACUGUCCAUCGUCAUCGUAACAGAGAUUAAAUUUUCAAAUUUAGACAUUCAGAAAUUUUGUAACGUGGAAAAUUGAUAUUUUGAAAUUUGAGAGCUUAGAAAUAUAGAAAUGUUCAAAUCUGCAAACUUCUAAAUAUGACCCGUCUGUAGUAAUGUAACAAGAGUUUACUAUUUUGCACUCCGUUUGCUCUGGCGGGCACUGUUGCCCAUCACUGGUCUUGAACGGACUCGUGAAGCCUAUACCUCGCGAAGGCAACAGGGUUGAUAAUAAAAUACUUAAACCUCAUGAUCCACACUAUGUGUGUGUUCUUUUUACUUUGAUUUAAUGCUUUUGGUGUUCUUAAUUCGGUGGUAUGUAGAGAGUGAGAGAAUCUCUGGUAUUCUAACGAAGAAAAAGGAAAUGGCGGCCUGUCGCUUCCAAAGUAUAAGCUUCGUUCUAAGUAGUGCCUUUCGGUGCACCGCACACGAGUCUUCCUCGCUUUGUUUUUUUUAUCUCCUAUCGUCUUUCGGUUUAAAGCAGACCAGAGUUUCGCAGAACAAUGCUCUGUACAGCGAUGCUCGGUGUAAAAAUAUAAGCUUACAAAAAAGAAACAGAAACCAUUUGAAGAAGAAAUGCCACGAUUUGUAGGACGUACUCGUACGGAGGAGGAACAUCUGCGCGCGAUAGAGGCCAUUUUGUACUUUCUAAGCGUUUUCAGACAUUUUGAUCGAUUUCUCCCGCAUCAUAAGAACCCAGUCUCCGAAGUCAAUCUAUCCUCCUUCCUAACUGAAGCUCAAAUCCUCUAUAGAGGACAUUUCACGAAUCCUCGAAUGCAAGUAACGUCGUAGUUUCAAACCUCUCGGUUCACUUGCAAAAGAGGAAUUCAGUAAAAGGAGAGGAAGGAUACAGAGACUGUUGUGCAAAUGAAUUUUACAGCCACUGCAUCUCGGUACUUCGUAUCGUUACAGAAGCAGUAAUCACAAGGUUUUUGGAUCUCAAAUACUAUUAAAUAGCAGAGAAAACCAUUAGGCUGCUUCUGUGAACUAAAAACAAAAGCAGGGCUGCUCCACGUAAAGGAGACUGGAUUCAAGAUGGCUUCCUUACUGGCCAAUUAUAGUUGGAACGGACACGUCUGGCAGCGAGUAAUUUGGUAAUUGACGAACAAUACAGAAUAAUACUUUCUACGUUAAAAAAGAAAUCUCAGAAUUUUCUCACGCAAACGUUGCUCUCCGCAUUGAGUCUCGAUAUUAAACGAAGAACAGAACGGAAAACGAAAUUAAAGUUAUAUCGCACACCGGCUACACACAUACAUAGGAAAAAAAAUUAUUGUCACGCACGUGCGGACGACGGCACAAUCGCUUACACACACGCUCAGGCAUCCCAUCUGUGACUGACUAUACAUCUAUUUUUCAGUAUUGAUCGCGAUGGUGCGAACCGUACUGCACGUGCGAGAAAUCGAGAACCCAAAACGAACGCGUUCUUCUGCUACAAAUCCGUGAAUAAUUUCUUAUUUUUCAGACUGCGAGAAGACAAGCCUUCCGCAUCGAGUAUAUGGGAGAAAACGCGUUCGUUUUUUUUCUUUUCUUCUUCGAGACCCAGAGGCUUUUUCCUCCGUAUAUAAUAUAUUUAAUAUAUAUAUUUAUAUUUAUCUUUCGCUCACGCAUCACCGCAGACACACUUUGGCACUCUCGCAUGCACGCGCACAUUCGCAGAGUCACACUUCGUCGUUCAUUUUGUUCAUUCGCUCAUUCACGGACGCGUACAUACUUUCUGGAAACAUUCGCAAGGUAAUAUAUCAAGGUACAUGGUCGAAUCUCGAUUUGCUAAAAUAGUCAGUGCGUUUUUCUUGCCGCCAUAACGGCCGAUCCGUUUCCUCUACUUAAUUUAGUUCUAGCCGCACAUCAGAACGAUACGGAUACGGUUCUACGAUACGAAAUUUUCUUUUUCCUUCCGUAGAAGAAUAUCUGCUUUCGAAUCAGUCGCGGAAUAAAAAACUGAGGAAAAUGAAACAUGUAUUUGAUCGCGUAUCGCGCUGGCGUACGACCGGUGGACUUUCACGAAGCAGCAGCACGAAGAAGGAUAAAAAAUAUUGUCAUCGACAGGCUCGUCAUCAGAGAUGCGACUUCUCCUUGCUACCGUAAGUAAAAAUCGUAUUUCAUUCAACCGCGAUGGUCUAUAGCUCUUUGAAAAUGUCUUUUCUUCAUCGAUCGAUAUGUAUACGUGUCAUGUGACCACCCAGUUUGCACCUUUUUCGUCUUCUUAGAAAUUCGAAAAGCGUCGCUCCGUAUUCGAGGUACGAUUCGAUUCGAACGCGAAGCGACGUGAAUUUGGAACUAUGAUGGAUUUGAUUAACGGCUGUGUGAUCGCAUGACAAUACAACACGAUUUCACCCAUGGUAUAAUUUAAAAAAAAAGAGAAAGAGAUUUCUUUCGCGCCAACGAUUGAGAUCAAAGCGUGUGCCCCGAAUUUUGCCGAUUCUACCCGAACCGUAGCUCGGGUUAACACGAUCGCUGAGGACAUGGCGGAUCUCGAAAAAUCCGAUAUUAUUAAUAUUAAUACUGGCGAUAAUAUCAAUAUUCACUGAUAUCGCAAAUAUUAAUAUUACUAAUGUAUAAAUCUAUGAGAAAGAUUGAUCCAAUUUAAAAAUCUUGAUAUCCUACACCAAUGUUAGUAAUACUAUGACUAAUAUUCCACAGCGAGCGUGUUAAAAAUCGAAAAUUAAAAACGCGAUAUUAAUGAAAAGAUCCGACGAUAAAAUACCGAUCGAAAAUCGAAUGAAAAGAGAGGCACAACCGGAACGAAAUAAAAUGAACGAACCAAUCGACUAAAAUCAAGCUCCCUUCGAUUAAUAAAAAGAAUAUCGUAGACCAUGACACGUUUUUAAAAGACAGAGCUCUUCCCUCUUUCCUUCCUCUUUUUUUUUUUAAACCUUUCCCUGUCUCUGCUUCUCUCAGACCUUUCAACUUAAUUCUAAAUUUAAGGCUUAAUUAAUUAAUCGACAUAGUGUUUCGUGUGGCUGUGUUUUGUGUCCCUGUAUAAUGAUCAGUGCGCUCCGUAUGAAAUCGAUGAGCUUGUUGAUUUUCAUUCAUUUGCUUUGCUCGCAUCGCAUGAAAAAUCAAUAAAACACGAUAUAUAUUAUAUUGAGACACGUAUCGCGUCCCGAGGUCUCCUCGUGAAAAAUACUUUUGAGGAGGAACGCUUCGAGACGCGACGCGAUGAUUUUUUGUUGUUGUUUGACGUUGUCGUUCGAAGACGUUGGUUCCAUUUUUUCUUUCUGUUCUCAAGCGGCCCUCGUCUAUUUUGUACCGCGUACUUUCGUCAUUGUAUCGACCGCUAAACUUUGUAUCAUUUUUGUUCGUUCGUUUAAAGAACGUUCGACGAGUGCCGGUAAAUUCUUUCCUGAACGAGAAUUUCAGUAAGGAUAUGCAAAAUUCGUACGGGGAUUUUCUGUUCUCUGCUCUUUAGCGUUUUUCUUCAUGCACAGACGAAGUUUCCUUAAAGAUAUACAAAGUGAAACGCAAUAAAAAACUCAAUCGAAGUUUUAGAUAUACCGUGAAAUUUCGCCUGACCAAAUUUGACCGAUCUUACAAAAUACUUAUCAAAGUAAAUAUCGGAAAAAAGAGAAAUUGUUUUUUUCCAAUGUCAUUAACCUAAAACUACAGUAAUACGCGAAUGAUUUAAAAACAAAGAGCACACCUCGAUAAAUCUAAUUAAAAAGUUAAAACAAAAAAAAAGAAGCAAAAGAAACCAAAAGAUAUUCAAAAUUAUUUGCUUAAGAGAAAUAAUCACGCACAUUGAACAUACUCGAACGCAACAGAACUUCCAAUUCGCCUUGAAACGAAGUAACAAUCUCCCCUUGCUUCGAUCGAAAGAAUCCGUAGGAAUACCUUUUUCCCUUAGGCGAAUCGAAGACGCUACCGUCUGUUUUCAUGGAAGCUCCAAACCCUUAAGCUUACAUUCGUAAAUCGAAAAAACGCAUGUUGAUGAACGAAAAAAUUCGACUGCGUUAAAGAAGAACAACCCUAACAAAUCAACAAAACCAAAAAGCAUGAAACGUUCGAUAACGGUACAUUUACAGCUGAACCAUUCGAUUAAAGCAUAUUACAAUUAACUUUCGAAAGAGACCAGCAAAAGAAAAUUGUUAAUAAGGUACGAAGAUACGUGUGGUAGGAUGAAGUUUAGACGUACAACAGCACAUACUGUUUGGUUCGUAUGUGCUCUUGUACAUCACACAAUGUUCGUCGACGGAUGCAUCACGGUAUUUCUUCUACGUGUGUGUCGAGUAACCGCAAUCGAUAAUUCGUAAUGCCGUGUUCACAUCAACGCAAGCGUAUUUUGUGGGCGUUAGCACGUUAGAUACAGGGUUACAGAGAUUGUCUCUCUGUAAUAUUAGUUAGGAAAGAUUCUGUAAUAUAACAUAUUACGAGAUACUUUGAAAACUUAAAUUUAAUGUGUAGCAUUACACAAUGGACUUUUGAAAGUCUUCAAAUUAUGACAUCUGUAAGAGUGGUACUUAUGGCAAAUUAAAAAUUGUACCCCAACUGUUAAACUCGUAAAUUCUGAAUAGAAUAAAUUAUACUAUAAAAAUAUAAUUUUAGAGAAUUAAACUAGACAACCGAUCACAGAGAUUCGAAAAUAUAAAGCUAAGUUUGUAGAGUCGAAGUGAAUCCGACAUAGACUCGACACUUGGUUCGAAUAGAACCAUGACACAUCCGUGAAGCCUUCACGAGAAUCUUAAUUUUGUCUUAUCGAUUAUUCCUCGAUUUUUCGUGUAACUCGCGACGAACGAUUUUGUACGUUACAAUAUCACAAUAAUUGCCAGCCGAGUGUGGAUCGUCUCUCAUCCCUUUAAUUUUCGCAACCCUUUUGAAAAAUGGAUCACUUCUCCUCGUUUACAGUGUUACACUUUUAGAUUCGGUUCACGGAAAAUAUUCGUGUAAACCGGAAACGGAAAGAAGCGUAUGUAUGUCAGAGAUGUGCGCGACCGGAAGCACGUUUCAAAGAUAAGAUUCCACACGACCUCGAUCUGAUUUUUCGAAACGACCCAAGUUCUCUGGUUGGCUCAUAUAUAUAAUUAGAACUACUAACUAUAUUCUCAUCUUAAAGUCACGAAGGUGGAUUACGACACACACAAGAUGGACGUACUCGAUAGAGUUCCUAAACAAUAUUGUUUCAUUCUCGUUCUUGUCGCGGAAAACAUUGCACCCCCCACUUCUUUUUUAGUUUUUCUGUUAACGCUAUCAUCGAGCAUUCUGUUUGUGUUCCACAAUCGCGCGUAAAUUAAUUGCUAGAUUUUAGGAUAAUUAAUAGUAAACGCUUGAAGAUAGUGCCGGGUACAGAGACCCCCGAGUUGGACAAAGAAAAACAUACCCCGUUAUGUUUUAUUUCCGACUUAACGGAACGUUAAUAACACACUAGUGUUAAUCUUUCUUUGUCUCUCGCGUUAUCUAUCGCGAACGAUCAUCGUUCUUGCACUUCCUCUUAAAUUAUACCCCACCUUAUCGUUUAAUCAUAUACAUAUAAUAUAUAAUAUAUAUAUGUUGUAUAUAUAUAUAUAUGUUGAUCAGUUACCAAUUAAAAAUUAGUAGUACCUAUAGGGUCAUCAUCACAGCUAAUUUCUUAUCAUUUUUAAAAUUAAUAUUAUCGAUUGGUUGAUUAUUCACUUUGUAAUUCGUACACGCUUUCGUGUGCGCCAUUUCUUGACGCCAUCUUUCUUUUGUUCAAGAACGCCCUUCCCUUUUCUGACCUCGAAGAUCCUGGGCAAUCUUUCUUUCCUUUCUGUUUUUAAGAUUUCUUUGCACACACAAACUGACUAUUUUUCGAUUCUCAACGAGACUCGAGCAGAAAUAUUGCUGUAAGAUCCAAAUCCUAGUUUGAUGCUCUCGAUCGGAACGGAACAAAACGCCGUUGCCACACCGAGGAUCAUUAUUUUUCCCUUACAAUAUGUAUACGAUGUAUAUAUACAUAAUACGCGCCUGCCGUUUUCCUCGUAUGUACACUAAAUCUUUAUACAUGAACAUUCGUUUUUACGUUUUUCUUUUUUCAGUUUUUUUUUACAAACGUUGCUCGAAAUCACGAUUUCCCCCGUGUCUAUUAUGUACAGAAUUCGCAAAACGAGAUCCGGCGUCCGUGAGACGAUCUCCAUUGUACCGUUCAAAUUUAAUAUUCGAUCAAUCUCCCACAGGACGGCAGUGUUUCAUUUUUUUUAUUCAAACUCACGUCCUUAAUAAAUUUCCUAACACCACUUCCAGAAAUUUUACUCGAUCCCUGACACGUAUUUACAUGAUUCAAUCCGAAUUAGAAAAAGACUAACCCGAUUCGAAAAGCUUUAAAAAAUCACUGGACAAUAGCGGGCCGAUUACGGAAUUAAAAAAAGUUGGACAGCAAUUUUUUUUUUGGAUGCUUGAUGAUAAAGCAAACCGACGUUCGAACUCGUUCGCGCAUGCGCCGUACGAAGCGUGAAUAACUGUCCAACUUUUUCCAAUUAUCACUCAAACAAAUCUGACUAUCCGCACUUCCUAAUAGAUAAAAUACUAAAAUUCCUAGCGACCAAAGAAAAAUAAAUUGUUCACAAAUCAAAAAAGAAAUGCCAAGUGAAAGUGAUUUUCAGAAGAAAAACAAUAACCUAUGGAUAAAAAUAGUCGAUCAAAUGUAACGAGAGAAUCUAAAUUUUCGAAGAUAAUUUUCCCAUUUACAGUUCAGACGCUUCCUCUUCCGUCGAGAGCAAAAACUGAUUAAUUUUAUCAAACAUACGGAUCGAUUACCUCACGUGUGCUAGAAAAGAAAGCAUUUCCUUGUACAAGUUUAAGAGAAACGUUCUCGAAGCAUUCCUAAUUUCGAACGUAAAAAUGGUCGAAUCACUGAAGGGAGAGGAACAGAGACGGAUUAUUUCUGUUUUUGUCUCGAAACUUCUGCUCUACUUUAUCGUGAGUAAAGCCGUUGCGCGGCAACGUUUUACUAGACAGAAAAAAGAGAACGAACCGAGGUGGUAGAUUGAUGAGAACCGGUUGUUGAUCGAAACGAAUCGAAGCAUUCGGUUUUACGUCAGGACUCUUGUCAACCAUUUUAAACAUGAUGCACAGCUGUCAAAUGCUAUAGAUACGAUUGAAAAUUUCGUUAUACAGGACCACGAUGGAGAAAGUAAUUGAAAGUUCAAAAUUGCACAUUUUGCUAUCUAUCCUCUCUGACACGCGCACACGAGACACACGCACGCACGAAUGCAUUCAUUGAGAUCUGCAUAUACAUACACCAACUUAUUUUGUAAUUUACCUUACAACUAACUUACAAAACGAAGAAAAAAAAUAGUAUACUAAGGGAAGAACAAAACCAAUGUAAUUUAAAAAAAUGAUGCCUUCUUUAGAAUAAAAAGAAAAAUAACCUAUUAGUUAAAACACCACCUCAAGUAAAUUUGGUCAGUCUACAUGUUUAAAUAUAUCUGUGCUUUUCAGGUCAGAAAGAAAGAACAGACAAAAA